AUGACGGUCUCGGAGGACCUCAAUUUCUGUUUCCCAGUGCGGGAGUUAUCGAAUGAACGCAUCAAGAUGACUCCCUUCAAAGCAUCGAUCCAUUCCUCUCCGCUAUGUUCCAUCCUAUCAACUCACCCAGAGCUAUGGGCACACAUGCCCACCGGCCCAUUCCAAACCGUCGAAGAUUUCAACACCAAUUUCCUCGACACCCUAGUCCACCACGACCCAGGAAUGGUAUCAUUCGCCAUCAUAGAUAAAACAAAACCACCCUCUGCGGCAGACGAGGAAGGCGAGCUAGCUGGCAUGAUGUCUUACAUGAACUCUUCUUCCGUGCAUCUAUGCACAGAAAUCGGAUAUAUCAUCAUCCUUCCCCAAUUUCAAAGGACGCAUGUCAAUUCCAAUGCUGUUGGGCUUCUUUUGCGGUAUGCGCUCCAAGUGCCGUCUCAGGGCGGUUUGGGGCUGCGAAGGGUUCAGUGGCAAUGCAGCUCUGUGAACGCCCCUUCUAUUCGUGCGGCUGAAAGACUGGGCUUCAGGAAGGAGGGAAUUAUGAAAUGGCAUCGUGUGUUUCCUGGAGGCAAGGACAAUGCCAAGGUACAUAAUGGUCGUGAGAUGCCUCGGGGUAGUCUUGACGAAGAAGACUAUGCAAGGGAUACCGUUGUUCUCGCUCAUUGUUGGGAUGAUUGGGAGCAAGGUGGGAGAGAGAACAUACAAGCAAUAAUGAACAGACAGCAUUAA